CUUCAUCCCAUCUUUUCUGGACGCUAUGAUAAAUCCAACUUGAAGGUUAUUGAAAUAUGUUUUUCAACUAAUUACCGAGGUGAUAAAGGAUGCCCUGAAGAAGCUGGGACUGAACAUAGUGGAGAUGACGGACGAAAACGCCACUCUAGACGGCGGGGAUGUGCUGUUCACUGGUCAAGAGUUCUUUGUGGGCCUAUCCAAGCGGACCAAUCAGAGAGGAGCAGAAAUCUUAGCUGAUGCCUUUAAGGACUAUGCUGUAUCCACUGUGCCUGUGACUGAAGGAUUGCACCUGAAGAGCUUCUGCAGCAUGGGGGGACCUGGCCUUAUUCUUAUUGGCUCCAGUGAGCACGCCCAGAAAGCCCUCAAAAUAAUGCAGCAAAUGAGCGACCACCGCUACGACAAGCUGACCCUGCCUGACGAUCUCGCUGCUAACUGCAUCUACAUGAACCUGCCUGAUAAAGGCCAUGUGCUGCUCCACUCCACAGACAUGUUUCCAGAAAGUUUCAAGGUGCUGGAGAAGUUGAAGGACUACGUGCUGAUUCCUGUUUCUAACGCUGAGAAGAUGAAAGUGGAUGGAGCGGUCACUUGCUGCUCUGUUCUCAUAAACAAGAAAGCCAACAUCUGAGCAUUACCUCAGUUUGAAGUGAUAAUGUAACAUGUCAUUUGGUACAGUAGACAGUUGUUACCGUUGAGAACAAAUGCUCACACAAGAUUUAUAGAACUAAUACCUUUUUUAAUAUUAUAUAUAUACUACAUUCAUGUACUGUAGCCAUUAGAAGGUCAUCACCUGAACAUUACCUUUGUUUUAAACUUUUUAACAUUUUUAGUGGUGCUGGGUACAUUUAGUACAUUUUAAGUGGUGCUGUGAAAGAUUUAUACAACCAUUAUCUUUUUUGUAAUAGAGUUUUGGAUUAAACAAAAUCUGCCAUGUUUAGUAGCAGUCCAAAACUUCCAUGUAGAUUACAUUAGCAAUACAAUAUAACAACCCUAUAUGUGCAUGGGUCAUAGCUAUCACAUUAUAAUGUCAGAAUACUUUUCAAUGAAUAAACACUGGAAAAUCUCCAUUGAUUAUACAUGAGGCUAUCUGGAAAUUCUCUAAGACAACACAAUUCUAAGCUCUAUAAGCUUGUUAAUAAUAAUAAUAUGAAUGCAUUGUAUUUAGAUAGCGUCUUUCAACACACACCAAAGCGCUUUACAUAGCAUUUUUCAUUUACUCCACACUUAAUAAUGGUAAGCUACUUCCCUACCCACAGCUGCCCUGGGGUGACUGACAAAAGUGAGGCUCUCAAUCUGUGACAUUGCCUGUGGAACAUGUGGCCCCCCCAUCAGAGAAGUUACAUAGUGCACCUUUACACUUGUAAGGUUAUACAAUAUGUGGUGGUAGUAGUAGCAACAGCAGCAGUGAAACAGGUGUUGAUGAGCUCUUCUGGCCAAAUAUGUGUUUCACUUCUGUUACCAUGACAACCCAGCGUCUUGCGUAAGCCCUUUGCAAUACUGUAUAUCCUACAUACUCUGUCUUGUUAGGGUUGCUGUUUGUCACUGUGAUUAUAAGUGAAAGUUGAGGAAAUGACAUCAGGAGGUGGGCGGUGAUUCAGAGUUUGUCCAUAGACUUUUUUUUUUUUUUUAGCAAAAACGCCGGAGUGGACACUGACGGAAUCUGGAAAGAAUGCUUUUUGGGAGGAGAGCCUUGUACAGCCGUAAACAGAAAGUAAAGUGUGCCUCUGCUAUAGUCCACUGUUUCGCCCAGGCCUCACUGUUCCCUUAUAGACCAAUUUGGCCUAAUUUAUGGACAUGAUGUCAUACCCUGAGGCCAGUAUUGUAGUGGAGAGAUUAACUGCCAUUAAUCUGCACUUGUAAUAUCUUCCACUGAGCAGCUGGAAAGAUGCAGGUCAUAGCAUUCAUACUGCCUAAGCCGGCCUCAUUGUUAGAGAAGCUAUUACUUGGUUUGUUAAAAGGUGAAUUGUCUUGUCCCUUAUUAUCAAAAGUGGUAGAGUAGCCCCCAUUUGAACUCAAGACAGUGUCAUUACUACUGCAAAAUAAUACCACUCAAGUUAAGUUUCACUAUGUAACUUUUUGGUUGGGGGUCCGUCACCUGCUUGUUUACGUGAAUAUGUCAUUGCUCUACCUAGAAUGUUCCACAGUACGGCAUUAAACAGCUCUAUUUAUAUUUAUUCAGUUAAUGGUGGCUUUAUAGUCCAAAAAUACACAGGAAAACAGGCAUUCUGACUGCCAGAUUUCCACAGAUUUAACCUGUCUCUUGGACUGGUUUGGUCUCCAUAAAGGUAGAAAGAUAAUACCAUACUGUGGAACAUUCCAGACGAAGCAAUAACAUCUCCACAGAGAAAAGCAUUUAACAGACCCUUCACCAGAAGUUACAUAAUGCACAUUUAUGUAAGUAUUUGGGGAAACUGUUUCUCAAAUAAGAGUAAGUGAAUGAGCACUAGUUUGAAUGUGAUCUGAUUUGUAAUUUUGAAUUAUACAAACUUACAAAACAUACAAAGACUUGAGUUUUCGGUCUACUUUAACAUAAUAUUGGGUUUCCUUUACCUUCCUUUCGAGUAGAAUUCACACAUACUGCCUGUAGGGCUGUUUAUUAAUACUAUUUCAUGAGAUCAAGGAUUUUCAGGAGGCAUUCAGAUUUUGACUCAAGUGUUAAAGGAACU